ACAUAUUGUAAUAUUUUGUGUUUAUAUGAUACAGGACAAAAAAUAUUACUAUUAUACAGACAAUUUUACAUAGAAACUAAUAUGCCUAAGCCUAAGAUCAUAGUUUUUGGAGCAACUGGAAAUACUGGAUUUUCCAUUCUUGAAAGAGGAAUUGAAGAAGGAUGUGAGAUCACAGCAUAUGUGAGAACACCAUCUAAGUUGUCAGACCGGUUGCGCAAUAAUGUCAGAAUAAUUCAAGGGGACGUUUUGAAAAGAGAACAAGUCGAAGAUGCCAUUGAAGGGCAUGAUGUGGUAUUGUCUGCACUUGGUUCGGGAUGGGCACUAGGUCCUACUAAAAUAAUGUCGGAAGGAUGUAGAAACAUUGUCUCAGGAAUGAAAAAACAUGGCGUUAAGAAGAUCGCAGUAGUGGGAGUAGCAAGUCUAAUACCAGGAGAAUGGAGCCCUAUGGUACUGAAAUAUUUGAUUGAAGAUCAUCAGAAGCAGAUUGAUAUUCUUAAUGAAGAAAAGGACACAAUUGACUGGGUUGCCAUAAUGCCUCCUUCACUUUGGAGAAGCAAUUAUAUCAGUCCAUCAUACACGGUUGAAAAAGAUACAUUCACUGGUCGCUACUACGUAUCAACAGGAGAGGUUGCGGACUUUAUGUUCAAAUGUAUAAAAGAUGACAACAUUUGCCAAGAAUACAAGCAUCGUCUAGUGGGAAUCUCAUCUGGGCCAGCAAUUAUUUCAACUAAGAACCUGGUUCUGCUGACAAUUCUUUCAGCAGCAGCCAUCGGAUCUUAUUUCAUGGGAUAUACACCUUGGUAAUGAACUAUUAACCUGAACUGAAAGAUUCUCCGAUUGACUGCUUUAGAUUUUGUGCAAUUUAGAAUAGUUUAUAAUAUUUGAAUAUUACUUGGACAAUUCUUUUAUUGUUAAAUUUAGCCUGCAAUGCACAUACAAUUCUGUCAGCAAUACUUGCUGAAGAAACUAACACUUAGUGAAGUGAAUAAAAUAUGCAACUGAACAGUGACUACAUAAUAUAUAUGAACAUUGUACAUGGUGUUCAUAAAGCUA